AUGGAUGGCGACCCAGCAGACCUGCGCCCACCUGAUGAGUGGGCGCACGUGCUUGGUGUAGUAGUGGGGCGAGGAGAGGAGGCUUUGGGGACAGUGCGCACCACUGGAGGCAAGUCCCUUAGCGCACUGGGUAGGCGCGUCACCACACGGACUGAGGGGAAAACCAACAGUUCCCCACCCCACCUACCUGAGGAGGGGGCGCACGUGCUUGAGGCUUUGGGCACAGUGCGCACGGCAGGGGCAGGAAACCGCGCACCCCCUAUCACCCAGGCUGUUAAGACGAUGAAGCAUGUGCUCACGAAGAAGGGUCGCACGAUGCGACCGGCGGUGGAGGGUGACGAGGUAAUGGGCACCUACCGGGCCGCGCUGGGCAACCUCAUGGACGCGCUGCCCGGCUGCAUGGUGGCAGCGAACAUCACGGCAGCAGAGAUACUGGCUCACACGGCCGUGGCGAUCCCACGCACGAAGGGCGGGGCACUGGUCCCGAAGGGCGCGUUUAUCAAGGCAAGCCCCAAGGAGAAAUGGUUCACGGACUUUGCAAUUCUGUCUGACAAGAAGGAAUACUGGUUCGCCAAGGCGCUGUGCAUUUUCAAGGUGGCCACCGCAGAUGGCCAGCAGAAGGGGUUUGUGUACGUGCGGUGGUAUGAACAGGUGGGGCUCUGCCCUCUAACCACUUGCUUGCAGCUCACACCGUCCCGCAAAGACACAAGGCAUGCUGUGGUGGCACUGGAGAGCAUCUUGCGUGUCGUGCACAUUUGCCGCUCGUACAGCAACCCUCAGUUGUUCACGGAGUUCAUCGAUGAGUACAACGGGGAACUGCACGCGAAGAACGAGCGGGCGGUGGUGCUCGUCCACCACCCUAAACACACUCUUACGGGAUGCGUGAAACAGACCACUAGUGUGGCGGGGUUCGUCGUGGAUGAGUUGACACGGGUGCGAGUUGUGCAGACGUUUGGUGUGGUGCCGCCGUGCUCUUUUUCCGCGUUGAACGGUGUGGUGGACACUCUCAAAGCAGUGUUCCGCACUUGGUUCAUGCAAGGCGCAGGCGAGAGCUCAGAGUGGAUCAGUAAGGGUCUGUUUCCUCGCCCUCCGCUGCACGAUGUGUUGUACAAGCUGUUCAUGGCAGGCAAGUUGACUACCCCGGGCACUAUUCAGCGGAGCUGGUGGCAAGCGGGGUGUGUGCUAAGGGGAUGGGUGGCGCUUAUGGAUCGCCUGAAAGGGAAAGCGGCUGCGGGUAUGUUCGACUGUCUGGUGACGGAUUUCACGAAGCUGCAGCUGGUCAUCAAGGUGUUUAAGAGCAAGUGCAGUAGCAGGCUGUACAUGACGGCGUGGGACUUCGUGGGAUGCGACGAAGACCUCAUUGAGAAGUGGACGCCUAAGGGGGGCGAGGAGACAAAGUCAGUUGAGGAGAUACCGGCAUAUUUCUGCAUACCGGAGGGUCCUCUGAUGCGAGACAGUCGCAGCUGUCGCCGCGUGGUGCGCAUGGUACAUGGCGGCUACGUGAAACAUGCCGAGAGCUUGGGAAUUCAUCCGCACGACGUUCCAGAGGAGGUCGGAGUGGUCAACGAGGAGGUGGUGAGCCGCCUUCGCCGCACACCUAUUAAGCGCUCGCGGGCCGCCAGUACAAGCGAUGAGGGGAUUACGUCGGACGGAUCGGUAGUGGAACCAAACGUCCAGAGGGCUUAG